CCUGACUACCCGAAAGCGUAUAGAUCCAUCACGCUGUUGAUCACGAUACCAGUUAAGAUCUUAUCUUCUUGCGUAGCGGGCGAUCUACUAACUUAUGUUGCAGAGCACCAUAACCUCCUUCCAGCCACACACUUCAACAUCAAUGUUGAC